AUGGAUGAUUCUACGAAAUCACGCUUGAAAGCUAUUCCGUUGUGUAAAACUAAAGCCGGGCCACGGGAUGGAGAUCUGUGGAUUGAACGGUUGAAGGAAGAAUACCAAUCCAUCAUCAAAUUUGUUCAAAACAAUAAAGAAACUGACUCGGAUUGGUUCCGCCUUGAGUCGAAUGCAGAUGGAACGAAAUGGUUCGGAAAGUGUUGGCAUUACCACAACAUGAUCAAAUGUAUAGAGGAGGAAAGAUUUGCCUUAUCAGAUCACUUCAAACCUCUUUGGGCGAGGAACGUACCUAAAUUCGGAAUCGCACAUGCCUUUUCCCUUGGAUUGGGUCCUUGGUUAGCGGUGGAGAUACCUGAUUUGGUUGAAAAAGGAGCAAUUACAGCUGAUUCAUGA